GUGCCCGCGGGGAAGGGGCGGGGCGCUGCCGGCAGAAACAUGACAGGAGGCGGGAAGCGGAGACCCGGCGCCGGGGAGCAGUGUGAAAACACUAAAGAAGUCAAGAAGAGACGGUCCAACCAGGCAGAUGUUCCUCAUCACCUGCGUCAAGAAGUAGAAAGUUGCUAUCGGCUCAGGAUGCCUGAAGACUUUUAUCAGUUCUGGAAGUUCUGUGAGGAGCUAAAGCCUGACAAGCCAAGUGAAGCACUCCUAUCAAGUAUUGGACUUCAGCUAGUUGGACCAUAUGAUAUUCUUGCUGGAAAACAUAAAAAAGCAAAAUCAGCAGAUCUGAACUUCAACCUUCACUGGAGGUUUUUUUAUGACCCUCCUGAAUUUCAGACUAUAAUUGCUGGGGAUAGCAAAACUCAGUAUCACAUGGGAUAUUUCAGGGAUGUGCCAGAUGAACUUCCAGCAUGCGUUGGUGCUAACGAAGCAAAGAAAAGCUGUGUAAUUUCUCAAAUUGGUGACAAUGUAUUUGCUGCAGUCAAAUUGUUUUUGUCAAAAAAGCUUAAGGAAGUGACAGAUAAAAAGAAAAAUGGUAUUUUGAAAGACAUAGAUGAAAACCUUACAAGAACAGCAAAAGAAUUGGGUUAUUCGCUGGAACAGAAAACCAUGAAGAUGAAACAAAGAGAUAAGAAAGUAGUGGCUAAGACGUUUCAUGGAGCAGGUCUGGUUGUGCCUGUAGAUAAAAAUGAUGUUGGGUACAGAGAGCUCCCUGAAACAAAUGCUAAUCUUAAAAGAAUUUGCAAGGCCAUUGCGGAUGCUCCUAGCGAUGAUGAGAGACUGAAAGCCUUUGCACCCAUUCAGGAAAUGAUCACUUUUGUUCAGUUUGCUAAUGAUGAAUGUGAUUAUGGAAUGGGGUAUGAACUGGGAAUGGACCUCUUUUGUUACGGCUCACAUUAUUUUCACAAAGUGGUUGGUCAGCUGUUACCACUUGCAUACAACCUGUUGAGAAGGAACCUCUUUGCUGAGAUUGUUGAAUCACAUUUAGCUAACAGAAGUGAAGAGAAUGUGGACCAACUAGCAGCAUGAUCCAAAGAGAAGAGGGCUUAAGUAUAAAAGUUUCAAGUAUUAGUGAUUUUGUUUUUGGCAUUAAACUGAUGUAAGGGUUUUUCAAUAGUAAUAUAAAGUAAUGUUUGUGUGUAGUAAACAAAUUUUUUUUUAA